UGGUGGGGAGCCAAUGGGGCGCGGCCGGGCCGCGGGCGGCGCUUUCUCCGCUGCCAGCGCCGGCGGCGGCCGCGCGUCCCUCGUCCCUCUCCGCCGCGCGUCCCUCGCGUCCCUCGCGUCCCUCUCCGCCGCGCAGCAUGGCCGGGCUGGGCGGCGGCCUCGCCGCCUUCGGGCGCUGCACGCACGCCGUGGUGCGGGCGCUGCCCGAGUCGCUGUGCCGGCAGGCGCUGCGCAGCGCGGCGGGCCCCGAGGUAGACUUCGCCCGCGCGGAGAGGGAGUAUCAGCUGUAUGUGGGUGUGCUGCGGGGCAAGCUGGGGCUGCAGGUGCUGGAGCUGCCGGCCGACGAGAGCCUCCCCGACUGCGUCUUCGUGGAGGAUGUGGCCGUGGUCUGCGAGGAGACGGCGCUGCUCACCCGCCCGGGCGCGCCCAGCCGCCGGAAGGAGGUUGAAGCCAUGAAGAGAGUACUGGAAAGUCUCAACCUUAAUAUAGUUGAGAUGGUGGAUGAAAACGCAACCUUGGAUGGUGGAGACGUCUUAUUUACAGGCAGAGAAUUUUUCGUAGGUCUCUCCAGGCGGACAAAUCAACGCGGUGCAGAAAUUCUGGCUGACACAUUUAAGGAUUAUGCUGUCUCCACAGUCCCUGUUCAUGAUUCUUUGCAUCUGAAGAGCUUUUGCAGUAUGGCUGGACCAAACUUGAUUGCUAUUGGAUCAAGUGAAGCUGCACAGAAAGCCCUCAAGACCAUGCAGCAGAUGAGCGACCACCGCUACGACAAGCUGACAGUGCCUGACGAUGCUGCAGCAAACUGCAUCUACUUAAACAUUCCCAGCAAAGGGCACGUCCUGCUGCACCGAGCCCCCGAGGAGUACCCAGAGAGUGCCAAGGUGUUUGAAAAGCUGAAGGACCACAUGCUGAUUCCAAUAGCCAACACAGAACUGGCGAAAGUAGAUGGGUCACUCACCUGUUGCUCUGUGCUUAUUAACAAAGCUUCAGAAUUAUGAGUUUACAGAGUCCCUCCCUUGUAACUGGCAAUAAUGUUACACACAAGGUAGACGAAUCUGUAUCCACACUUUUAUUGUUUUUAUUGACAAUCUACUGUACCACUGUGCUACUAACCCUUGUUUACAGAUUUUUUGCAUUGUGAAUUUUUAUUAUGUCCUUGCAGAUGGUAUUUAAGGUGGAUGUAGGGUUUGUUGGGAGCACAUAACUCAGAAGUAAGUUAGUCCCAUGGGCUAGCAGAAGGCAAUUAUAAUGGCUAACCCUUAGGUUUAGUGAAUUAACAUAUCUGUGUGAAAAUUUCAUGAAACCCGGCUAAUUCUCAAUAUUUCAAGCACCUCUGUUGUCUUUACACUGUUCCCUUCUGUCUUCUUCUCUCUUGUUUCCCUGCUCUACAUGUUUUUUUUUUUCCUUCCUCAGUCUUCUACUUCCAGUGAUGCAAAGUAUUAGGGGGCCUGAAGAAAACUCAGCGGGCUCACGAACCUUGUGUGGUAGGGAAGCUUUCCAUACACUAGCUGGAACAGUGGGCAGGGAUUGUGCUCACUGUGCUGGCCACGUCACAGUGCUGCUGCUGGGCAGAGCUGUGGCUGGAAUCCAUUUCAGACACCGGGUACCAGCUUUGGAAAAGCUUCCUCUGAUGGGAGCGUUCAAGGGCAAUGACUGCCCGGGAAACUUGAAUGACAGAAGAAGAGACUAGUGCAGCCACACAAGUUGUCUCCUGCAAUUCAGGUCACAAUUUCCUGCUGAGAUCUGACUUUCAAUGUGGUGAGAAUGGGAGAGGAGUUUUUAAAAAGGCCAAAUCCUAGGAAGCCUCUGGACCACAAAAAUUAAAUGCAGAGAUGCAAAAGAAAUCUAAAGUAUGGGGAGUUAAAUCUCUUUGUUUACAUCUUAAAAUUUGUUUCUCCUUUUCUGUUUUCUCUUCAUUUGGAGGCCACUUACUAGCAAAAUUCAAAAGAAAAGGGUGAUAGAAGAAGUUGAAGGACAGCUAUUCCUGGAUUAUGCCCAUGAAUAAGGGAAGCUAUUUUUUCCUGGAAGAUUGACAUUUUUUCUUUAUCUGCCCUUGGGACAGUUUUCCUUGGAACAAUAACCAUCUUAUAUUUUUUUAGUGGCAUGAAUAUUCGCUGUGGUAUUCAGUUAAGACAAAUAUAAUUUUUGUAGCUAAUUCCUCAACAUGUUUACCCACUGAGUCAUGGCUUUUUUCUUUUUUUUUUGCCACUGCAAAGUGAAGCACACACCAUUGUAUUCACAUGCUUCUUGUUAAAUCAUUUGUAAACUAAGGAUGGGAGCAAUUCCCAAACAGAGGCAGUAGUGGGAACUCUCCAGAGACUGACAAAUAGUCUGAACAUGUUAUCAGCUUCCUGGACAUCUCCUCCACCUUUCCUGAACCACUUGUGGCGUGUUGCUGAGGUACAGUAGGAAGUGAGUGAGGGGGUUUGGGCAAUGUGGUCUGCAGGAAAGCAAACAGAAUUUCCCAGAUGCCCACUGGGAUAUCCUUUGGAAACCUGGGUGCUGUUUUGUGCAGCCAUAAGGGAGGAAACACAAGUACUCAUACUUGUAGGUUCUCCCUGGCACAUCUCACACUGCAUCUCAGUGGUAAUGAGAGGAAAACCUCCUGGCAGCUACCACAGGACACUGGGUGCUCUGUUUGUCGUGAUGACACGAGGUUUCAUGGGGAAGAGAGCAGUGACGAGCCAAUAUAUUGUAUGUGUAAAGAACAUGGCCCAAAGGAAGUUCUUCAGCCAGCCAAACAGCAAGUGGGUUUUUUUUUUUAACUAUUUAUGACUCUCCUCUCCCAAAGGGUGAUCCUCAUGUUCCCUCUUUGUCUCUUCCAUUCCCAUGCACCAUCAUUUAAACCUGAGCCAGGUGAUUAGGGUCUCAGGAUGUAAAUGUUGCAGUGGGGAAUGUUUUUCUGCCUUCCCUUGGUGCUUUUUAAAUAUUUGAUAAAGUAUCACACAUUUCAAAAUAACCUGACAUUAAACAGAGAUUUUGUGCCAAAAAGUGGCCCUGCAGUAUUGAGCUGUGAGCUCCUAAAGGCAAGCUGUACUCUCUUAAAAACCUGUGCAGCCACGGGAGCUGUCAAAGCUGAAACAGCUCCCCCCAUCCUGACUUGUCCAUGCACCUCCUGGGGCCUGGCCCCCAUCCAUGUCCUUCAGUCCCUCUUCCCUCCUCUUGUUAGGGAGCCACAGCAUCCAGCUACACUGGGAGAGUUAGGCUGUAGAAUUUCAAUUUUAUUUAUUGUUAAAUAUUUCUGUAGUGUUGGUUUUGGUUUUUUUCUUCCUCCACCCUCUCUCACCUCUCACCUGUGUCCUUCCUCAGACUCUCAUUUCUAGUUUGCUCAUCAAGGCAUGAUGAGCACUUUUCUCGUUUAAUCCCAAGUGAUUUUACCUUCUUGCCUCAGUUCUUACUUGAGUCUUUUUCUUCACUUCUCCUUUUUCACUGCUCACUCCACAGUAUCCCAAGCCAUGAUGGACUAUCCUAAACUCACUCCCUCCUUGAGUAGGUGCCAGGAGAGAGGAAAAACUGAGGGGUCUGCUUUGGGUCUGAGCAACUUCUUUUGAGCUAGAAGGAUGACAAUCAGCAGGAGCUGUAGAUCCAGGGGGUGAGAGGGGUGACUCCUUUUUUUAAGAUUUCUUCAGAAAAAAAGAACCAUUUCUGGUGACAGUGCUGCUACCCUGUGUCCUUGAAAGCAGUAGAACGUGUGACAAUGAAUUCCCCUGGUUCCAUAGGGGAGGGAGAGGAGGAGUUGGGAUUUCAGAGCUGAGAAACAGCUGUGUAGACAGAGAGGUUGGUUUUUCAUCUCUUGCCAUUUAGAUUUCUUUGGUUUCAGGGCUGCAUUUUGGUAUACAGAAAGCAAGGGAGCAGCUGAGAGAUCUGAAUUCCUUCAGUUGUUGUAUUCAAACUGUCUAACUUCAGGCACAAAAUUAAGGUGCUCUAAAACCACACCUGCUUUCUCUCUCUUGGCCUCAGUAGGAAUCACAGCCUCUUAACAUAAAUGCUCUAAAUCACAUCUUAGUCUGAUGCCAAAAGUUACCUAAGCUUGUUAGUGGGAUCGCCCUUACCUCACAGCUUCUCCUGUUAAUCUUUAUUCUGGCAUUAGAAAGAAAAAUAUUAUGAACACUUCAGUUUAUGUAUUUGCAGUAUGGUACUAAGAACUAAAAUCAUGCCAAAUGCUUCUUGUUCUUGCUGUUUGCUGUUUAUUUUUCUGUUGCCCAAACAAAGAAUUCAGUUGUGAGGACAUUUCUGCAGUGACACAUGUGCAUCUAAUGCAUAUCCUGUACAUUUUGUCACCAGAACAUUUCUCAGAUGCCUGAUGUAAAUCAUCAUCCUUGAUUAAUAUAAAAAAUAAAAUAAAAUCCCAAACCAAAAAAGGAGAGGAGACACUGAACACUGAUAGUUGCCCACAUAAAACUCUUGAUAACAACUGUCGGGCUGUAUGACAGAGCAGAGACAUACAGAAGUUCUUGUGGUAACAGCUCAGCAGUGGGGCUUGAAUUACUCAUCAAAGGAUUUUUCCUUUCAGCAAUCAGUUGAGCUCAGUUGAAAUGAAAGAGCCAGAACAUGCAUUAUAGAAAUUUCAUGGAUGUUAUCUUUGCUGAGAAUUUAGGGAGAUCUGUGAUAUGUGGGUUUCUUUCUUCAACAGAAUGUGAAUAGUGUCUCUCUCUAAUGAAAAUGUGAAUGCAUACUGUACCUUAUGAGACAAACUUGAAUUCUUCCAUUUAUGUAUUUUUGUGUUUGCCAUGCUAAUUUUCAGUUUUAAAUAGAUGCCACUGUGUGAAGCUAUGCUCUGAUAUUUUUUUUUGGUGAUUUCCAUGUGAUAGGAAUAGAGCUCAUAGGCACCACUAUGUCCAGUUUUGAAAACAAAAAGCCGAUAUACAGGAUGCUGUUUGUUCACAGCAAAUUGGAAAAUACGGAAAAAAAAGAGCUUUUGAUUUUGUUCAGCUUCAUAUAUGUUUUAUCAAUGAAGUCAGAGCCAAAUUAAUAGAAAACAUCAACAUCCACAUGGAACCAUUUGAGGAAAAUAAUUUACUAUUUAAGAUUGUCUAUUUUUGCUUUUAUCAGUAAGGAAGCUGAAAAGAUAAGCCUGCUUAAACAAUGGUAUUUGUUAAGUGAUUGUGAACAAAGUAUCAGUGGACCUCAUGUAUUUUCAGAGAAGUUUUAACUGGACGUGUGAUGUAAAUUGUAUGGAGUUGUACGUGAAUUGUGUUAGUCACUGUUCUACAUUGUAUUGUUCUGCAGUGCACAAAUGUGACUACUGAGCACAGAAGCAUUACAGUCAUUAAACUUAAUCUUGUUGCAGUAUAUAAUUCCCCACUUUUUGUGCCAAAACCAUCAAUACAUUCCAUAAUCAGUUCUAAUAGAGGUUUGCACUUUGAUUUAAUUUUUUUUUGUGACUCUUGCAGUUUCAAUACUAUAUAUCUCCAUCACGAAGGAAUAAAGUGUCAGUUGUACCAUA